GCGGUGCUGAAUAGAUCGAAAGCCGAUUGGGGUUGGGAUCCGGUGAUGUGGUUCGCGUAUCAUUCUUUUGCGUCACCCAGAUAAAUCCACCUCUCUCGUGUCCGAGGACGGAGGAACUGCCGAUGCUGUCUAUUGCCUUUGCUUUUCGUUAAACCACAGAUCACGACAGAAUCUUGGGUUUUCUCUCGUUGAAGCUUCUGCUGCUUCUUAAGACUCGUAUCUUCUCUGCCUUUGGGGUUCACGAAAGCUCCUGAAUUUAGCAAUUUGAUGAAAUGGGUUUUGUCAAGGAAUUUCCAGUGACGAUUUUAUAGGGUGGGUUUCUUAAUGUUACCAAAAUCAAAAGAAAGAUAAGAUUUUGGUGGCUAUGCGUAUAAUUUAAGCUGAUCAGGUAAGUUUUUUGUUCCCCAUGCCAUAUUGAAGGUUACAGAUGGAAGGAUUUUCGUGUGCCAAGGUGGCUUUUUGAGGGUUUGAAUGCAUUUUGAGUUGAGGUUUUUGGCGAGUUGAAUAGUGAAUGCUCUUGUGGUUGGUAAAGGGAUUUCAGUACUUAGGUUUGUAUUGUAUUUGGUUUUUCGGUGAUCUGUAAUGUGCUCUUGGAAGGUUGCAGAUGUUGGGUUUUUGACUGAAAGUGUGGUAGACUAUGCUGAAGGUAUUGCUGGAGUAAUUUUGUAGAGGGGUUUUGUGUGCCUAUUGAUGUUUGCUGAGAAUGGAACCCAUUAACGGUGAAAUUCACUGACUAGUGGUUUUAUCCGAGCAGUUGCGUGAUAUAUUAUCCAUUUGAUAAUAUACAGGGAAACAUAGAGAUGUCUGCUGCGAGCAGAACUAGAAAUCUGCUCGAGGGUCUAGUAAGAGAAAGUUCAUUCAAAUGGUUGCUUGGCAAGAGAAGUUCAUUUGAUGAAGAAAUUGAAGAGAUGGGAAGGUCUCCUUCUGGAGGGAAGAAUUGGAUAUCAGAGCUUUCUCCGAUUGCAAAUAUAGUUGUUCGUAGAUGCUCGAAAAUUGUUGGUGUCCCCUCAAGUGAACUUCAAGAGAGCUUCAAUGCUGAGGCUUCUGAUUCCAUAAAGCAUUCUUCUAGCUAUGCGAGGAACUUUUUGGAAUAUUGUUGUUUCAGGGCACUUGCUCUAUCUACUCAAGAAACGGGCCACCUGGCCGAUAAAAAGUUUCGAUGUCUGACCUUCGACAUGAUGGCAGCUUGGGAGGCUUCAGCAGCUGCUAGCCAACCUUUACUCAAUUUAGAGGACGACUUGAUGGUUGGGCUAGAGGCUUUCUCUCGAAUAGCUCCAGCUGUUCCGAUCAUUGCCAAUGUGAUUGUCAGUCAAAAUCUUUUUGAGGUACUUACGGCUUCUACUGGUGGAAGGCUUCAAUUCUCCAUCUAUGACAAAUACUUGAGUGGACUAGAGAGAGCUAUAAGAAAGAUGAAGACCCAGUCAGACUCAUCUCUCCUUUCUGCCUUUAGAUCUUCCAGAAGAGAAAAGAUUCUGGAAAUAGAUGGCACAGUCACUACGCAACCAGUUCUUGAACAUGUAGGAAUAUCUACAUGGCCUGGCCGGCUGAUUCUCACAGAUCAUGCACUAUAUUUUGAAGCUCUAAGAGUUGUGUCUUAUGACAAGCCAAAAAGAUAUGAUUUAUCAGAUGAUCUAAAACAGGUGGUUAAACCUGAGUUAACUGGACCAUGGGGUACACGACUAUUCGACAAGGCUGUGUCGUAUAAAUCUGUUUCCUUAUCAGAGCCAGUCAGAAUCGAGUUUCCUGAGCUUAAGGGGCAUAAUCGUCGUGAUUACUGGCUAGCAAUUAUCAGAGAAAUUCUGAAUGUUCAUAGGUUUAUGAAUAAGUAUCAUAUUACAGGAGUUGAACGGGAUGAAGCACUGUCAAGGGCUGUACUUGGAAUUUUGCGAAUACAAGCCAUUCAAGAAAUUACUUCUGCAAACUCUAUUCCCUGUGAGAGUCUUCUCAUGUUUACUCUAUGUGAACAACUACCUGGUGGAGAUUUGAUACUGGAAACUCUUGCAAACAUGUCAUCUUUAAGGGAAUCUGACCGCACUAACAAUCACAUGGCUUCUAGAGGUGGCAUGAAUUCAAUUUCAGCCUUGACCAUGGUAACUGACUUAGGGUUUGUGUUUGGUUCAAGUUCAAAUUAUCAGGCUGAGGCUGCGCUUGCUGUGGGUGAGAUUACUGUGGGGGAGGUGAGCUCUUUGGAAAGAGCAGUUAAGGAAGCUAGAAAUAGCUACAAGAAGGUGGUGCAAGCCCAAGCAACAGUUGAUGAAGUUAAAGUAGACGGCAUUGAUACUAAUUUGGCCGUGAUGAAGGAGUUACUUCUUCCUCCUAUGAAAGUCGGGAAUUGGCUUCUUUCAUUGGCAUAUUGGGAUGAUAUUUUCAAGUCGUCAGUGUUCUGUUUGGUUGUGACAUACAUCAUUUUCAGGGGAUGGCUAGGCUAUGCCUUUGCAUUGCUGCUCCUUUUUCUUGCGGUCUUUAUGGUACUCACUCGAUUUUGUAACCAAGGAAAGGCUAUUGACGAGCUUAUGGUAACAGCACCUCCACCAAUGAACACGAUGGAGCAGCUUUUGGCUGUUCAGAAUGCAGUUUCUCAAAUUGAACAGCUUAUUCAGGACGGAAACAUUGUUCUUCUCAAGUUCCGUGCAUUGUUGCUGUCCAUUUUCCCUCAGGCAAGCGAGAAAUGCGCGAUUACUCUUGUGACCACUGCUGUGUUUCUGGCCUUUGUUCCCCUCAAGUACAUGGUUAUGUUGAUGUUUUUGGAGAUGUACACAAGGUAUUCUCCUCCGAGGAAAGAAAGUACAGAGAGAUGGAUGAGAAGAUUGAGAGAGUGGUGGUUCAGCAUCCCUGCGGCUCCCGUACUUCUUGAAAGAGAAAAGGAAGACAAAAAGAGGAAGUAGUGAUGGUAUAGGCGUUUUCUUCAGAAUUGUAUAUUUUUGUAUUUGCACAAGUGCAUGUACUGUACUAUAUACCAGAUUAUCAUUUCUUUGUGGUGUAAACGUUGAUAUGAUCUGAUCGAUCUGGUAUUUUAACAAACCAGAUGUGUAUUUGUUUCAACAAUGUAUCUCCUUAUAGACAUACAAUAUAAGUAUAUGGUAUGUGAAUAUAGGAAGAACUUGCAUC